AUGCUGUCACUCUGCCACACCCCCGGGGACGGCUUGGCGCCCGGUGCGCAACGCGAAGCGGAAGCCUCAGAGCCGCUGGAAGCGAGCAAUCCACAGCGCAGGGCAAGCGCCAAGGGGAAAGCCAAGGCGAAGGCCAAGGCGAAGGUCACAGUGAGGGCGGCGUAUCAGCGCACGCAGCUCUUGGGAUGGCUGGCACAUUUGUGGUAUCUGCAUGAGGCAUGCUGCAAUGAGUUUCUCCAGUCAGUGUGUUUGUCUUCGUGGGGUUCGCCCCGCGAUCCACAGACUGCAGACGAGUUGUUCCAGAGUUUCCGCGAUCAGUUGAACCACAAGGCCGAUGACCACGCACCGCUCCGUGAUGAUGAUAAGAAACUCUCCAUCUUGCUGCGGGCCUGCCGCUGUGCACGCCGCAAGCAGGGAAGGCCAUUGGACCUAGCCGUGUGCUUCGUGGCUUUAUGCCGCGCUCUCGACUGGCCUUCCCGCCUGGUUGUGGCCUUUGACUUACACGAGCCGCAACGACGCCUGGGUCACUUUUUCUCUCCCAAGAAAUCGGCAGCCACUCCGGGACCCAUUUCGGAUGCUUUGCAGGCCUUUCUGCUCAAGGACGAUCCCAUUGAAGUAGACGAUGAAGACCUGGAAGAGGAGUUGGAAGAUGUGCUAGAAGGAGACAUCUUGGAUCAUGCCAAGCAGUUGAUCGGCAUGGGCUUUGAACGUGACAAGGUGGUUCAAACCAUGCUUGAGGUCCAGACGGAUUCGGAGCCCUUCAACAAGGCCUUGGAAUUGCUCCUGGCCGCCGGGGAGUCCGCGGAGUCCGCCUCUUCGCCCGCGCCGCCGCGUCCUUCGAAGACGGGUAACAUGGUGAGCUGCGAAUGGUGCGGCCAGGCCUUUCAAAAGGGCGCCUUUUGUGGCAGCUGUGGACAGAGGAUGCGCGAGGGUGGUGCCUCAGGUGCUGCAGAUGCCGGACCGGAGGAGGACGAGGACUUCUUGGUCACAACGUGGGCAGAAAUCUUUGACGCCGAAAACAACAUUUGGGUGGCGGUGGAUGUGGCUUUUGGGGAGAUCAUCCCCUUCCCAGAGACGGGCUGGCUGCACCGUGGCACCCCCAUGGUCUGGAUUUGUGCCGCCGGAGACAAAGGAUAUCUGGACGUGACGCCGCGCUACUCCCCUCGCUGGUGGGAAGUGGAGCAAGCCCGAGAACCAAGUGGCUCACGACAGCUUCGCGACUGGUGGGAGAAGCUCCUGUGCUCCCUUGAGGCGUCCGGCGGUGGCGAGCCGGAGGAGUGGACGGCGUUGAGGGCCAGCGAGGCCGAGAAGCAGGACGAGGUCUUCCUGCAUCAGCGGCGCCAGAGUGGCGGUGUGCCCAGGACCAAGCAGGCCUUGAAGCACCAUGAGAUCUAUCGCCUGGGGCCCAAGCGCGCGACCGAAGCGCUCAAGCCCGGUGCCCAACCUGUGGCCACCGUGCAGGGCGAAAACGUGUAUUGGCGCAAGGACGUGUCGCUGCUCCGUACGAAGAAGGCCUGGCUCUUUCAAAAGCGUCGCGUCUUGGAGGGAGAGAAACCCUUCCGCGAAAUCGGCGAGAAGUCUGCGAAGUCGUCGGUGCGUGACAUUCCGGAGUCGACUGCGCUGGCGGUGGUUGGUGAAGAUCAGGCGGCCAGCCGACAGCUCUUCGGCGACUGGCAGACCGAGCCCAUGGAAGCCAAGCAGAAAGGUGUCAAGAGGCCGCGGACUUCCAAGACAGCCAGUGGACUGCCAGAGCUACCGGCACCACGGAAGCGGAAAGUGAACUUGGUACCCUUGAAAGGCUUUGAAGAGAAACUCCAGCAGCUGGCGAAGUGGCUGGAGGAUCAUCACCGGCUGCCCUGGGAGAAGAGUCAUCAGCCCGCCGAAAAACGUUUGGGCGCAUGGGUCUUGACUGCCCAAAAGAGCUUUGGCCGCGGAACUUUGCCGCAGGAGCAACGCGAUGCCCUGGAGGCCCUGGAGCACUGGAGCUGGGGCGACUACGAACGCGACGACGACACGCACGACGCGGCGGAGGCCGAGCCUGCGGAGCCGGAAGCCGCGGCAGCGGAAGUGGAACCACCAGGAGAGGAGGAUGAAACGCAGCAGACGAAGAGAUGGCAGCAGAACGUCAUCCAGAAACUCCAACGGGACUUGGAGCAGUGUGGUGCCGAUGUCGAGCUGCAACGGCGGAAGUUGCAGCGAUGGCGCCUGAGCUAUCAUCCGGACAAGAACUACGGCAGGACUGAAGAAGUCACGCCCAUCUUCCACUUUGUCCAGGAGAAAUGGAAUAGCCUCCGCAGCGACGCGGUCGAGUCAGCUCCUGUGGCCGCGCCGGGGAUGCGGCGCAAGACCACGAUGGAAAAGGGCCACGCGCAGCAGCGGUCCUGCUACACGGGCAAUCGUUCCUACGCACUUCACAUUGACAAUCCGCACAAGAGCGGAGGGCCCAUGGACUUGCCAGACAACGGCCUGCGAGUCACGUUGGUGUAUUACAUCAACCCUCACUGGGAUCCCGACAGUGGCUACAACGGAGGGGGCCUGGACGUCUUUUUGACGGAUCCCAACAGUGCACCGCCAUCUGCUUCCACAGCGAGGAAGGCACCGAAGUUGCGGAUCGCUCCACAUGCUGAUACCUUGGCCAUUUUCCUGGCCGAGAGGAUGGCGCAUCAGGUGGUGGAGACUAUGGGCAAGGAGCGUAUGUACUGUCUGACGAUGUGGUGUUUUGACCAGUUCGCGCUGAGCAAUUUUGUACCGCAGGUCUCCCAGAAGCAGAGAGACAUGCAAGCAGGUUCGGAUGAUGAAUAUUGA